UUCUUGUAUGGUGAUCUAGAUGAAACGAUCCUGAUGAGGCAACCUGAAGGGUAUGUCGAAAAGGGGAAGGAAGAUUAUGUGUGCAAGUUAAAGAGUUCUUUGUAUGGGCUGAAACAAUCUCCUCGACAGUGGAAUAGGAGAUUCGACAAUUUCAUGGCACGCAUAAGUUUCAUUAGAAGUCAGUUCGACCACUGCGUUUACUUCAGAUUUCGACCUGGUAAUUCAUUUGUUAUUUUGUUGCUUUAUGUGGAUGAUAUUCUCAUAGCAAGCAACAAUGUUGAAGAUGUGACGAGGGUGAAGGCUGAACUCAAUAAGGAGUUCGAUAUGAAGGAUCUGGGAGCUGCUUCCAGGAUUCUUGGAAUUGACAUUCGAAGAGAUAGAAAGAAGUCGAAGUUAUGCCUAUCUCAAGAGGCAUAUCUACGGAAGAUUCUUGAAAAGUUUGGUAUGUCGAAUUCGAAGCCAGUUGUGACUCCAACAAACCCUCAAUUCAAGCUGAGUAUUGAUCAGUGUCCUAGUACUGAUGUCGAAAGAGCCUAUAUGAAUAGCAUUCCGUAUGCUAAUAUAGUUGGUUCUUUGAUGUAUGCUAUGGUUUGUACUAGACCCGACAUAGCUUACGCAGUCAGUCUUGUAAGCAGGUACAUGGCGAAUCCUGGAAAGGCUCACUGGCAAGCAUUGAAGUGGAUUUUAAGGUACAUAAAUGGGUCUCUGAAUAGAGUUCUAAUUUAUGGUGGAGCCUUGGAUGAAAAUAGUAAAGCAGUAAUAGAAGGAUAUGUCGACUCUGAUUAUGCAGGUUGUAUGGAUUCCAGAAAAUCUAUUUCUGGAUAUGUUUUCACUAUGUUUGGCACUGCAAUUAGUUGGAAAGCAACACUUCAGAAGGUUGUUGCUCUAUCAACCACUGAAGCAGAGUAUAUUGCCCUAACUGAAGCUGUGAAAGAAGCAUUGUGGCUUGAAGGUUUUGCGAAGGAGCUGAAACUUCAAGAUCGAGGUAUCACUGUUAAAUGUGAUAGUCAAAGUGCAAUACACCUGUCGAAGAAUUCAGCUUAUCAUGAGCGAACUAAGCACAUUGAUAAGCUUAUAGACCAAUUACUACAUGUUCAUGUGCCAAUAACUUGUUCAUGUGGUGCCCUUGGUUCUGUUAGAAAGUAUUGGGAACAAGAGUAUGUGAUCAAAUUUCUGAAAGGAUUGAAUGAGAAGUUUACACAAUCUAAAACUCAGAUCAUGAUGAUGAACCCUCUACCAAGCAUUGAUCAGGCCUUUGCCCCGAUUAUUCAACAAGAACUAGAACUCAAUAGUUCUCAAUCUACUAUUUCUAACAGCACUGGAACUGAUGAAUCAACAGCUUUUCACUUGAAUGUAGCUCCAAGUCCCAAUUAUUCUAAGAUUGGCAACAACUCUUUCAAGGGCAAGAGUAAUGGUUAUGGAGGAAAUAAGGGUCACAAUAGAGUAUGCACUCACUGUGGCAGAACCAAUCACACAGUUGAGACAUGUUUUAUCAAACAUGGAUAUCCUACUGGUUUUAAAGGUAAAGGAAAAUCUCUUACUUCUAAUGCUCAAUCUCAAUAUGUGGUUUCUAUUGAAACAUGUCAGACAUCUCCUAGGCAGCGGUCCACUCAGUCCAUGUUUGGUUUCACUCAAGAGCAAUAUCAAAGUGCAACUGACCACAUAUCCUUUGACCUUGCUAAUUUCACUUCACACAAAACCAUUGUUCCUAUCCAUGUUAGCUUACCUAAUUGUUCACAUGUUAUUGCUUCUAUUUCUGGCACUGUUUCCAUUUCCUCAACUUUAGUUCUACACAAUGUUUUAUACAUUCCUAGUUUCCAUGUCAACCUAAUCUCUAUUGCCAAACUUGUACAAAACAAUGAUUGUGUUGUCCAUUUCACUGAUAUUUCGUGCCAAAUUCUGCAGAACCAUUCCAAGAAAAUGAUUGGUUCGGCUAAACUUCACAGAGGCUUAUAUGUGCUUGAUUCCUCUCAACACAGUUAUGCUUGUGACUCUUCUAUACAAGAUCCUUCUUUACUUUGGCAUUUAAGAUUAGGGCAUCUUUCUUAUAUAGGAUUACAAAAUAUAUCUAAAAUAUUUCCUUUUAUUCCUUCAAAAUGUAACAAUACUUUUCCAUGUUGUAAUACGGUGAACUGA